GGAGCUGCCCCGGUCGGUACUUGUGUUUGUCACUUACAGACAAAAUGAAGGAACCAGAUGAUCAGGACACUGGGGAGAAAUCAGAUAAAUCAAAGAGUGAUGGGAAGCAGUCUCUGAAGUCUUCUAAAUCGGAAUCAAGAUCUCUUAUGAAAGAAGAUACCACAGAUGAAACAUUAACUGAAGGUGAAGAAUCAUAUUUAGAAGAAGAAAAGACAGAUUUGGAACAUGUGGAAGGAAGUUCAAGUUCAUUUCAGGAUGAUGAUUUGGAAACCACUAGAGUCUCUCAGGAAACCCCAGCUGUGGAAGAGGAAGGAGAGGAAGUCAAGAAGAAAAUUUCAGAGAGCUUCUACUAUGAUUAUAUGGAGCUUGUGUCAAUACCUUUUGUGACUCCUGAUUCCAACAUACCACUGGAUCUUCUCUCACUUGUGCAUUCUUUCGGUUAUGACUGCAGAAAGCGGGCCAACCUGCAACUUUUGGACAACAAUACGGCACUUUAUGUAGCUGGGAACCAACUGAUCCUUCUGAAUUUGAAAACCAAGGAACAGAAUUACCUGCAAAGUAGCAGUGGUGAAGGAAUUGGUGUCAUUGGGGUUCAUCCACAUAAAACUCACUUUGCAGUAGCUGAAAAAGGAAGUUUUCCAAAGAUUAUCAUCUAUGAAUACCCUUCUCUGAGGCCCUACAGGAUCCUUCGAGAUGGGACCGAGCAGGCGUAUGCUUAUGUGGACUUUAACAACAAUGGUAACUUGCUGGCCUCUGUUGGUAGUAACCCUGAUUACACACUGACCAUCUGGAAUUGGAAAGAAGAGCAACCCAUACUGAGGACAAAAGCUUUUCCCCAGGAAGUUUAUAAGGUUACUUUCAAUCCUGAAAAUGAAGAGCAGCUUACUACGUCAGGAUCAGGCCACAUCAAGUUCUGGGAAAUGGCUUUUACAUUCACUGGUCUCAAGCUGCAAGGGGCGCUAGGACGAUUUGGCAAAACAACCACUACUGAUAUAGAAGGCUACAUGGAGCUUCCAGAUGGGAAGGUGCUCUCAGGAUCGACAUGGGGCAACAUGCUGCUCUGGGAAGCUGGUCUCAUCAAAGUGGAACUCUGUCGCAAUGGGAGAAAGUCUUGUCACCACGGUGCCAUCAACCAGAUAAUGCUGGAUGAGGGUGAAGUUAUUACUGUUGGAUCAGAUGGAUGUGUUAGGAUAUGGGAUUUUGAGACAAUAGACACUGCUGAUGUUAUAAAUGACACUGGAUUGUUAGAGAUUGAACCUAUGAAUGAACUUCAAGUAGGAAAGAAUGUCAAACUUUCCUCAAUGAUAAAAAUGAAUGAAAUUGGAAGUAACUUUUGGCUGGCUCAGGAUGCCAGUGGAGCCAUAUGGAAGCUUGACCUUAGUUUUUCAAAUAUUACCCAGGAUCCAGAAUGCCUCUUUUCCUUCCAUUCUGGAGCUAUUGAAGCUUUAGCUGUUUCUCCUGUAACUUAUCUCAUGGCCACGACUGCCUUGGACUGCUCAGUUCGAAUUUAUGAUUUUGCUGGCAAAACUCCUUUGGCUCAAAUGAAAUUCAAACAAGGAGGUACUGCCCUUACCUGGGCACCCCAGUUGGUAAGCUACACUGGAGCACAAAUCUGUGUAGGAUUUGAAGAUGGAGUUGUUAGAAUUCUUGAAAUUUAUGAUCCAAAAGGGCUCACGGUUUUUGCAGGACGUAAGAAAAUUUUGGGUGCAGAUCUUCAACUGAAAUAUGUUUUCAAACCCCAUACUGCUGCUGUCACUGCUUUAGCUUAUGAACGUGAUGGGGAAAUUCUAGCCACAGGGAGUAAAGAUAACACUGUCUUCUUCUUCAACAUAGAAAAGGAUUAUAAGCCAAUUGGUUAUAUUAAUACUCCUGGACCUGUUUGUCAGUUACUGUGGUCUACAAUCGCUCAUCCUGAUAGCACUUUACUUAUUAUCUGUGAGAAUGGAUAUGUUCUUGAAGCUCCACCUCCAACCAGAAAAGAAGAGGAUGAUCAGCAUGUAGUCUCUUAUAAAAUCAAACACAUGGGCAUAAAAUGUUUCCAUUUCUCAAGUGUCAAAUCUAAAAUUUUGAGAUUAAUAGAAAUUGAAAAGAGAGAAGAAAAAAAGAGGUUGAAGGAGAAGGAAAGGGAAGAAAGGAGGAAGCAGCUAGCAGAAGAGAUGGGAGAAGAGGAAGAAGAAUUUCAGGAGGAGGAAGCUGUGGAGGAGGAGGAGGAAGAGCCAUUACCAGCAAUAUUCAUUCCACCAACUCCCUCCCCUAUCCUCUGUGGGUUUUACUCUGAGCCAGGGAAGUUCUGGGUUUCUUUGGGUGGUUAUGACUCUGGUUUUCUAUAUCACUGUGAGUUCCCCCCAUAUGACAUGAAUAGUGAUUUCAAAGCACAGAAAGAUGAACCUUUUGAUUUCCGUUUUCUUGAAGAUACAGAGGAUAAUCCUGUUCAAGUUAUCACUUUCAGCAUUAGUCAAACUAUGAUGUUUUGUGGAAUGAGAAAUGGAGCGAUUCGAAUCUACGUCUUAAGUGAGGAUGAUCUUUCAUUGCCCAGUUUGAUGGACUACUGGCACUUCAAUGUACAUGACAAUAAUUAUGGAUGUAUUAAAAGCAUUGCUACUAGCUUUGAUGACCGUUUCUUGAUGACUGCUGGAGCAGAUAGUAAUAUUUUUGUUUUCAAUAUUUUUUCUGAAUAUAUGUUAUGGCAAGAGAUUAAGGCAACCGUGCCAUCUCCCAGGUAUGGAUUUGAAAUGGAGCCAAUUCCAGCAGAUAUUGAAGAUCCCAAAGCCUACAGUAUUGAAUCUGCCAGGAGAAAAAGAGAACAUGACAAGUUAAUGAAAGAAAUGGAAGAAAUAAAAGCUGGGAAGAGAGAGCAACUCAAAGUUUUGAGGAAUGAAUUUAGUAAACUAUUAGCAAUGAAUGAAGAAUUACCAAAGCAUAUGCAGUUUAAACGGACAGAUUUUGAUUUAGAUAACAAAAUUCGUGCUGAGAUUAACAGAAAAACAGCUUACAAACUUCAUCAAGUGGAAUUGGAAUUAGCUUGGGAGAAAGAGAAACAUGGACUUGGCUUAAGGAAGCUAGAGAAUAGAUUUCGUGAUCCAUUGGAAAGUGAUUCUAUUGUAGUUCAUGCCAUACAAAGUGACCACAAGAUAUUCUCAUACAGGCUGGUGCAGCCCUCUAAGUACUCCAGACUUAAACGAGCAAGUCAAACAGAAAGAAGACCAAGCAAAUUAGAGAGGUUUGACAAAGAGGGACCUGGAAGAAAAGACAGCCAGAAAGAUACAGGUGGAAGCGUCAGCAUACAGGAAGAUUCGAUAAUAGAAAAAGGGAAGAAAUUUCGUCCUAAAACUUUAAGUGAAAUUAUGGUGGACAAUCAAAUUGUGAAAACAAGGAAACUUAUGUUAAAAGCUGAAAGGGCCCAAUUGAAGAUUCAACAGCGAAAAAAAGAAUGGGAAGAAUUGUAUAAGAGUAAACCUGCUGAUGACUAUGAAGAUCCCAAAGACCUAAUAGCCAUCAAAGAAGCCCAGCUGUAUAUGGGAGAUUUCAAUCUGAAGACAGCACCAGAUUACAAAAUACCCGAGCACAUGAGGAUAAAUGCUGCCAAGAAGGAAGAAGAACUAGGACACCUAGACUCUUUGGUCCAUGGAAAGAAAAGACACAUGAACAAGUGCAUCCUCUCUCUUCGAGACCUUAAAGUGGCUAUUAUCGAGGAAAUUCAUUGUCUGGUCCAAGAACUGAAGACCAUUCAGUCAACUCUUCCCAUAUUCAAGCAUAUCCCCAUUCCCCAAAUCCCUCAGAUACAACCAGAUGAAGUUCCAGAGAAGAGAUUUCAUUAUGAUGAGGAAAUUCUCCUGAAUUUUAAAGAACAGCAGAUAAAGAGUAAGGAUGAAAAGUUCCCUCAAGUGGAACAGACAGGCUUAGGUGGAGCAUUUCUCAAACUUCCUCCUGGAAAGGAUGGAGAUGUUGCGACACGGGAGUCAAUACCUAGAUCAUCAAAGGGAUCAGGACUUAGUCCGGAUCUUUCAAAGCUUUUGGAAUUUGAAAAAGUAGAACCAACUGAUGUGGAGCUGGAGAUUAUGAAGAGGGACGAGAUUAAACACUUGUACAUGCAACAGUAUUUGGUCAACAGGAUCAAAGAAUUGAUUAUCACUUUUGAUGCAGAACUCCGUGUCCUGAGACAUCAGAAACUGAAGCUAGAUAUUCAGAUGAAAUUGUCUGACCUGCAUCAUAUCACACUAUUUCAAGAAAUGCUUCUCCUCAAGAAUUUUGAAAAACAGGAGAACAUACUUCAAGAGCGUGUUAAUUCCUUAGACAAAGAGGAGCAGUUCAUGCAAUGGAAAAUAAAUGAAACUUUUAAAGAGAUGGAAGAGAAAAAGAGUGAAAUCAGCAAGCUCCAGGACCAAGAAAAGGCACUCUAUGCUGGUUUCCAAACAGCUAUUGGAGAAAACAAUAAAUUUGCUAAUUUUCUCAUGAAGGUCCUAAAGAAGAAGAUUAAGCGAGUAAAGAAAAAAGAUGUUGAAGGAGAUGCUGAUGAAGAUGAAGAGAGUGAGGAAUCAAGUGAGGAAGAAUCCAGCUUGGAGAGUGAUGAGGAUGAGUCUGGAUCUGAAAAUGAGGUUUUUGAUGAUUCUAUUUGCCCAACAAAUUGUGAUGUGGGUCUUUUUGAAAUGGCCCUUCAACUUCGAGAGAAAAGGCUGGACAUUGAGGAGGCCUUAGUUGAAGAAAAGAAAAUUGUUGAAAACCUCAAAAAGGAAUAUGAUACACUGUCCAAAAAAGUCAAAGUCGUGGCAGCUAAUCUGAAUGCAGCGGAGGAAGACCUGGAGGCUUACCAGCGAGAGAAGCAGCAGCGGCUCAAUGAACUGCUGGUUGCGAUUCCACUCAAGCUGCACCAGAUAGAGUAUAUGGUAUUUGGAGAAAUACCUGCUGAUCUUUCUGGUACCUUGGUCUUCUCUAACCACUCCUUGGACCGGCUGCAAGAACGGAUCAUACAACUCCAGGAGGAAAACGUCAAGCAACAGAAACUGAACAAAGAAUGUCGAGAGAGACGUAAACAGCUUGUUCGAGAAAAGAAAGAGAUGGCAAAAACUAUACACAAAAUGGAAGAAACAGUCACUCAACUAAUGAUCAGCAAGUUUGGCCGAGUGAUAGACCUCGAAGCCCUUCAGACGCUGUCUGUUAAUGUAACACUUGAAGAACUAAAGAUUAAAAAACUUCGGAAGGAGCUGUUGAAUGCGAAGGAAAUGAAGAUGUGGGAGGAAAAGAUUGCUCAUGUGCGAUGGGAACUGAUGAGGAAGACAAAAGAACACACAAAAAAGCUGCAUCAGAUGAAUGAUUUAUGUAUUGAAAAGAAGAAACUUGAUUCUCGAUUGAAUACACUACAAAACCAACAGGGCAAUGCCUUCCAGGGGCCUCGGAAAGCAGAUAUUGUGGCAAUGGAGAAAGUCACUGAAUUGAUCCAAGCCCAGGCACAAAGGAUUUCAGCCUUAAAGGAGGAGAUUACAGUUUUACGUAAGAAAGGUGGCCUUAUCCUCCCACCCAUUCAAUCCUCACAAGUGAAUGAGAUAAAGCCCACCAACCUUUGAGUUUGCUGUUUUCUUAAACCUGUCCAAGAUUUCCUAUAUAAUGCACUGGAAGUUCUGUUUCCUUGUCUCCUACAACAAUCCUAUUAUUUUAAGGUGAACUUAUCCAAAAGUCUAAAAACAGAUUGAGCCAUGGAGUUUUAAUAAUUUCUCUCAAGUUUAUCUUAGAACUAAAUGAAACACCCAAUAUCUAAUUAUUAUUGAACUGAACCAUUUUAGAUGUUUGAGACCUCCUAGAUUCAAUGUAAAGUCUUAGAAGACCGUGUCUCAUAACUGUAAGAAAGUAUCUGUAAUAUAUUGUGUUUUAGGAAGAUUUGACUUUCAGGUAUUUAGAAGUUUUAGUCAUUGGCAAGAAAAACUAUCAUUCAACAAUCCUUUUCUUGAUUCUUGAAUAUUUAGAAAAUAAACAUUGAUGUUAUUAAGUAUUCCCUAAGAGAAUGCAAGAAAAAAAGACAAAUUAUUUUGCCAACAGUGUCCUAGAAAUGCAAAUUCAAGUUUUGGCAUAGUUGACUUCAUAAAGCAGUUACUUGAAGGGCUCAGGAUUCAGAAAACGUAGGCAAACAUGGCAGGGCAGCUUGCUAUAGUUGGCUCUGGGGUGGCAGAAAAGAGGGUAACCAGCUUCCUGAAUUGCCCAUGGCUUUUGCAGACUCUUCAGUUCUGAGUGGAGCAGAGGAAUGUGAUUUGCAAAACAGUCA